AUGUAUCUUUUGAACUCUUCGUCUUCCAGUUUUGGCGCCGCUUUGCUCCUGCGAUUUUGUGUUCCAAAUCCCGGCAGGAGGCGCAAAGUGAUCUACGACAGCACCCAAUUCCCCCGCCAUCGACUCCUCAUUCCUUCUUUGUCGGCGGCCAAUUCCUUCUCCGUUUUGCUAUUGACGGCGUCGCGCUCCUCCUCCAAUUUUGUGUUCGAACUCCUGGCAGGAGGAUCAGCCACACUGAUCGUCUACAGCAGCCCAUUCCUCCUCCGAUUUUGUGUUCGAAAUCCCGGCAGGAGGCUCAGUCAUACUGAUCGUCUACAGCGGCCCAUUCCCCUUCCUUCGAAGCCCCAGGCCGAUCUCAGUCGGCGCAUCUUUCAUCCUCCGUCUUUGUCUUACAAAAUUUGCCGAGGAAAGUCCACCCCUGCCGAUUAA